UCAUAUCCAGAAAACAGGUUGAGCCACGUCUGAGGGCGCUGCCCCAUGGAAUUUAUAGAUAAGGAUGGUUUAUAUUUGUGUGUUCUCAGCACAGUGAGGCCAGUUACAUUCUGCAGCUUACAGAAGGAAUAAGCUUCCUGAGGAGUACAGUUAUUCCAGUUUACUUGUGGUAAUAUCCCUACCAAGACUUCAAUGGCGUGGUGGAAGGCUUGGAGUGAAGCAGAGGGUAUAUCUGUGAUAGGGGCUUCAAACUUUGACCCCACACCUGAUGCUCAGACUCUGUACAAGGCCAUGAAAGGGCUUGGGACGGAUGAACAAGCUAUAAUUGAUGUCCUAACCAAGAGGACCAAUAUGCAGCGUCAACAGAUUGCCAAAUCCUUCAAAGCACAGUUUGGAAAGGAUCUGAUUGAAAGCCUGAAGUCAGAACUGAGUGGCAACUUUGAGAGGCUCAUUGUAGCUCUCAUGUACUCCCCACUCAAGUAUGAUGCCAAGGAGCUCUAUGAUGCCAUGAAGGGUGUGGGAACGAGUGAAGAUGUUAUCAUAGAGAUCCUGGCAUCCCGGACAAAAGCACAGAUCAAAGAGAUAGUCAAGGCCUACAAAGAAGAAUAUGGUUCUGAUCUGGAACGAGACAUAAAAUCGGAAACAAGUGGCUACUUGGAACAGAUUCUGGUUUGUCUUCUUCAGGGUGAAAGGGACAAUGCCACUCUCUAUGUGGAUACAGCACUGGCUCGCCAGGAUGCAGAGGCUCUCUAUGCUGCUGGGGAGAAGAUAAAGGGCACUGAUGAGGAACAGUUCAUCACCAUCUUGUGCAAAAGGAGUGCCACACACUUGCUGAAAGUGUUUGAAGAGUACCAGAAACUGGCUGGUAAGAAUAUAGAAGACUCUAUCAAGAGUGAAACUAAUGGUUCACUUGAAGAUGCCAUGCUGGCUAUUGUGAAAUGCACCAGGAACAUCCGUUGCUACUUUGCAGAGAGAUUGUAUCAUGCUUUAAAGGGGGCUGGCACCGAUGAUGGGACACUUAUAAGGGUGAUUGUUUCUCGAAGUGAAGUUGACUUAAAUCUUAUAAAACCUGAAUUCAAGCGUAUUGCAGGAAAGACUCUCUCCAGUAUGAUUCUGGAUGACACCAGUGGUGAUUACAAGACAGCCUUGCUGAAUCUCUGCGGCAGUGACUGA